AUGCUCAUGAUGCAAAUCUCCGCCCUGAGGGAAUUCACCCGCCGCCUCGGACGCGUGGAGAGGACCAUGAGCGCCAUGCUGGAGACGGCGCAGUCCUACUUGGAGCGUUUCCACAACGCCAUGGACGCCGAGGACGUCGGUGGCUUCCACCAGCCGUCGGACGAGGAAUGA